UACAACGUUCAGUAUGCCCAUUUAUUAAAGAUUUUAAUAUGGGUUUGAUAAGGCAACAACGUUAUGCUGUUGGUGUUUUAACAUUGUUUAGUGUGGUAUUGAUAUGGGUUGGCUCUUCUUUUUUAGUGAAUAAUAUCUUUGACGAACGACAAUAUAAUAAACCGUUUGCCAUAACUUAUAUUAACACAUCCUCAUUUUCACUCUACAUAUUAUUCUUUAUUUUUAAAUCUAAAAAACUUGUUAAUGAACAAAAAAAUGAAGAUACAUUAUACGAAACACUUCCUAGAUCAUCAACCGAUUCUACAAACUCUAAUCAUGAUGAUGAUAUAUCAAAAGUUGCAAAAUUAGGAUUUACAUUUUGUAUAAUAUGGUUUGCAGCAAAUUGGUGCACUAAUGCUUCUCUUGCUUAUACAAAUGUUGCCAGUAGUACAAUUUUAUCAUCAAUGUCAUGUUUUUUUACCUUGGUAAUUGGAGCAUUUUUUGGCAUUGAAAAAUUUUCUUUGAUAAAACUUGUAGCAGUCUGUGUUAGUGUUAUUGGAGUGAUUUUAAUUUCUACUAGAGAUACAGCUGGUUCACCACAAGAUCAACCUAUAAAACCUUUAAUUGGUGACAGUCUUGCUUUAAUCGGGGCAAUUUUCUAUGGGUGUUACACGGUCUUGUUAAAAUUACGUAUUCAGAAUGAAUCACGUGUUGAUAUGCCAUUAUUUUUUGGAUUUGUUGGUUUAUUCAAUGUGAUAUUACUUUGGCCAGGAUUUUUUCUGCUUGAUAUUCUGGAAAUUGAAAAACUUCAACUCCCUCCAAACGGAACAAUUUGGACAAUGGUUAUAAUUAACGCACUGAUAGGUACUUUUUUGUCUGAUUAUCUUUGGCUAUUAUCCAUACUCAUGACUUCUCCAUUAGUAGUCACAUUGGGAUUAUCACUGGCAAUACCUUUAGCUUUAAUUGGUGACAUAUUUUUUAAAGGUAUUGUUGCGGAUGAAGGUUAUUGGUUAGGUGCAUUGAUGAUUUUAGGUGGUUUUCUUGCUAUUAGAGGAUCUGCAUGA